UACAACCUAAAGUAUCGCAAACAUGAUUACACGACUGCUUUUUAAUUAAUAGUCGUAUUAAAGUUUUAUAAUAACCCUGUAUACCACUUCCACCAUAUUGAAAUCGUAUUUAUUAUAUUUAUUUAGGUUCAAAAUAUGGAUCUUAAAAAGUGGAAUAGUGUUAAAAGAAGUGGUGGAUUCAAAAGAAAAGUUAAAAACAAUUAUAAUUCGCUUCAAUCACGUACUUUAAUACAAAGUGAUAGAGCUCAAGCUGGGAGUGCGGAAAAUAGAAAGGGUUCCGUAUCACAUUUAAAUGCAAGAUUUACCAAUCAAUUUAACCAAAAUUCUACGAUUAUACCUUGCAGUUCUUUUGCCGAAGUUGAGGACUCUUGUUUAUUUUCCGAAGAUGACGACAGUUAUUCAUCGUCCGAAAACGAAGAUAAUGUUGAUAAAAUAGACACUUCAACCAAAAAUGAUGACUUCAGAGACCAUUAUAAAAAGUGGGCUAUAGAUUUCAAUAUUACACAAGUUGCAUUAAAACAAUUAAAUGUAAUUCUGAACAAAAGAAUGCCCUGCAUAGUCCCUUUAGACCCAAGGACGCUUUUAAAAAGUAAAAAAGAAAUACAAAUAAUUGUUAUCGAUGAUGGUCGUUACUGGAAUAAUGGUCUCAUUGAAUGUUUAAAGACUAUUUUACAAUACCUAAAUGAUAAACCGAAAUCCAUUUCGCUAAAUGUGAAUAUUGACGGACUACCAUUGUUCAACAGCUCUAAGCAUCAAGUGUGGCCAAUAUUAUGUAACAUCCACGAAAAACCAAAUGUACCCCCUUUUGUUGUGGGUAUUUAUGAAGGAACGAGUAAACCAUCAAAUGUAUCCGCAUUUUUUCAUCCUUUUGUAAGUGAAUUACAAGAAUUAAUGUCUAAUCAUUUGAAAAUUGCAUCGGAAGACGGGGUCGAUACAUUGAUCGAAGUUAAAGUCAGAGCCUUCAUAUGCGACUCACCAGCGAGAGCCUUGGUUAAAGGGGUAUGCAACUUUAAUGCUAAACAUGGUUGCUUGAAAUGUACAGUGGUCGGCGAGUAUAGUCAUAAAUCGCACACGGUCUUCUUUCCAAAGACUGAUUGCCCACGAAGAAAUGACGCGGACUUUCGUUCUAAGAAAUAUGGAUGUCACCACAAGUACGAUUCUCCUUUACUAGCAUUACCAAUAGAUAUGAUUGAACAAUUUCCAGUAGGAGACUCUCUACAUAUUAUUGAUUUGGGUAUUAUGAAACGGUUAUUAAUUGGCUGGAGAGAUGGAAAUUUCGGAACUCUGAUUACAAAAUGGCCUACAAAUGUAAUAGAAAAAGUUUCUCAAUUUUUACUAUGCUGUCAGAUGCCAAAGGAAAUACACAGGAGUGUUAGAAGCCUUAAAGACUUGUCACAUUGGAAAGGUUCCGAGUUCCGUACAUUUUUGCUCUAUUUAAGUUAUGUGAUAUUAAAGGAUGUCUUAGAUAAUGCAGCAUAUCACCAUUUUCUGCUCUUUUUCUCAACUGUAACUAUUUGUACAAGCGAGACACAUUUUCAACUUCUACCAGUUGCAGAAAUAAUGUUAAAGCAGUUUGUUGACAAUUAUGGCAAGUUUUAUGGCCAAGAGUACAUUACAAGCAAUGUUCACAAUUUAAUACACGUAGUAGAAGAAGUGAAGAGAUUUGGAACCUUGCAGAGCUUUAACGCUUAUCCUUUUGAAAAUAAAUUGAGUUUAAUAAAGAGAAUGAUCAGAAAAGGAAAUCAGCCACUUCAGCAAAUUGCUAAUAGAUUAUUAGAGAGACAAUAUAACAUUGAAGUAGAGAACUUAAUAAACGAUACUAAUCAUAACUACCCUACGAUAAAGAGUUACAAAUAUGGAAGUAAACUUAAGACAGUUAUUCAACUAGAAUCCUUUAUCCUCUCAACUGAUAAUGGAGAUAAGUGGUUUUUGACUAAUAACAACCACCUUGUUGAAUUGCGUUCCGCUACUUGUAACGAGGGACAUAUUCUGAUUAUUGGAAAUCGAAUUGAAAACUUAAGAAAUGAUGUUUUUGAAACGCCUAUGAAAUCUUCAUAUCUUAAUAUAUUUGUGAUAUAUGAGAACGAAAUUAAGCAAACUGAAGCCAUAUAUAAUAUUACUGAUAUCAAGUGUAAGUUGGUUAGUGUUUCAUACAACUCAAAUAUAUAUUUUGCUCCGCUUCCUCAUACAUUUAAGAAAUAG